GGACAACCCAACACUACCCUAUCGUCAAACGAGGACAAUGUAUCAUACCUCAAGCAGAGAUGAAUCUGAAGGGAAGAAUCAUUGUCAAAUAUCGGUGAACUGUCUAACCCCAUUUUGACGUUCGGAGUGCUCGCAACACCGGAGAAGUCGAGUGAAAACCGAGGUCAAGUUCCAAUGUGGCCAAAUCAUUGCGUACAUCGACAGGCCCCUGUCCCUCCAGGGGGUGCAAAGAGUGGUAUAUAAGUCGUGUCGACUCAGCCAUAGGCCACAACUGAACGUUGAACACCAACUUUCAAUCUCUCUACGCCAUGGCUACCUUUGUCAAAAAGCUCACCUUUGAAUGCAACGACCUCGGCAUAGACGUCGACCUUCUUCUCACUUUCGACGAUCAGCCUAUCGCUGAACUGUACAAGAAGUAUUACCCAUCGGCUUUUGCGGUCAGGAAAUUUGGGGCUGAAGGCACCUACCGCGCCGAUGUUAUAUACCGAUCACAACUUGCGUUCACAAAGGUUGUUAUUUCCAAUGAUGUCAUCCAAAGUGCUUCGACCGAGGUUCCCAUUAAUGUUGGGCAAUCUACCAUUUUGACCAAGGGAGGGGAAGUAUACCGUUUCUCUGAUCCCAAAACCGAGACCUCGGUGCCGAAGAAAAAUAUUCAAUGUACAAACAACGCACCGUUCAGGGAGGAUAUAGGUGUUGGUUUCAUCGAGAAGGAUGGGGAUGCACCCAAGACGACUCUAGUUUGGCGUGACGUAGGGCAUGGGCAGAGGUUGAAUGCAGAGUUUACUCCGAUUCUACGCGGGUAUAUUGGCACGGACUACAAGGAGAAUAGCUUGAUCAAGGGCCAAGUCGAGACCGAUCGCCUCUUCGAAGAGAAUCUUGCUGCUCUCGCAGACCAUACUACGUGGGUCAUCACGUAUGAUGUCUCCACCGGAGUCCUCAGCAUCGAUAAGAAGUGAGAUUCAAGUUCUAUGGUGAUCUCUUAGAUAUUUCCUUUCUGUUCAAAUUGUGUACUUGUGACUCGGAAUAUGUUGGCUGCUAUCAUGUACUUGAAUACGUCUGUGCUCCUUGAAUGAUG